AUGGUGGCACGUCCAAGGGCCCAUGAGUAUGCAAGAAUAUUUAGGGGGCACCCAAUCCAGAUCAUUGUAGGAAGUGGUGAGAGGUCAUACUUUGUGCACCCUGCAGCCUUGUCGUGGUGCAACACGUCAGCGUUGAAUGCUCGAGUUAGUGGGCCAUGGAUGGAGAACGGGGCCAGCGGGCCCAUCGACUGGACUGAUUUUGAUGAGCAAACAAUCGAAUGUGUUUUAAGCUACUUUUACACACAAGACUAUUUCAACAUCAGCUUCGAACCCAUAUCCGUCGGUGCAGAAUCGCCCGCCUCUAAUACUGGAUCUGCAGAUAAACCAACGUUCAACAGGCCUUUAACUCCCCUGAGCCGGUGCCUCCGAGUUGGUUUACCAGCAGAGGCUUCCCAGGCUGCUGCGGGCCGUAUAACUGAAAGAAAACUUCAAAACUCUGAAAUUAAUCCUGCCGCCGAUAUCCUGCUCCAUGCGAAAGUGUAUUGUUUUGCACAUCGUUUUCUCAUCCCCGACCUUGAGAGCUUUGUGCUGCAACGCCUAACACAAGUUCUCCUUAUCCUACAGGAUAAUCCAGCUCGGAAACUGUUAUCUCAAUAUGUCGCACUGAAGUAUACUAAACUGGCAAAUGAAAAUCUCACGAAGCUUUUAGAGGAAGGAGGAGAAUUUUUGACAGAUUUGUCACACAAACUACCUUUGGAGGAGCAAAUUGAUGAGCUUCAAAUUAAGGUCAAUGAGUUGGAGGCUAAUUAUCAAGAAAAAGAAAGUCAAUUACAAAGAGCUAGAGACGAGCUUGUGGAGUGGGAGAGCCGGAAUCGUGGAAUUUCUGGAAAGUAUAAGAAAGCAAAAAGGAGAUGCGAAAGAGUGGUGUCACUGAGACUGCUUAUUCGGAUAAGGUGA